AUGAGCACCGAUGAGACAACACAGCAAUCCAUGGCACAAGGCAUUGCCUCAUUGCUCACACCUGUAGUAACCGAUAUGGAUAAAGCUAUCGUAUCUGCUCAAAAAAGUCAAGAAGGCCUUGGAAAAGAAAUUGAACGACUGAUAACAGAACUCGAGCAUUUCAAAGACAUUGCAGAGCCACCACAAUUGCAUCCUGCCUUAGAGAAGUUGACUGAUUCAAGGAAAAAGCUCGCAUCGGCCAAUAAACUUAUGCAGCAAACCCAAUUACGUGUACAAAGGAUGGAAGCACAGUUACAGUCAUCGAGUACAUAG